AUGGAAUCAAGGUCCUUCCGCCUCCUUCAGGAUCCCUCCUUCUCUGUCAGGAUCCUUCCACCUCCUUCAGGGUCCCUCAUCCACCUUCAGGAUCCCUCCAUCUCAUUCAGGAUCCCUUCGCCUCCUUCAGGAUCCCUCUACCUCCUUCAGGAUACCCCUACCUCCGUCAGGAUCCCUCCACCACCGACAGGAUCCCACCAUCUACUUCAGAAUCCCUCCACUUCCUUCAGGAUCCCUCCACCUCCUUCAGGAUCCCUCCACCUCCGACAGGAUCCCUCAACCUACUGCCCGAUCUCCCCACUUCCUUCAGGAUCCCUCCCCCUCCGACAGGAUCCCUCAACUACUGCCCGAUCUCCCCACCUCCGUCAGGAUCCCUCCUCGUCAUUCAGGAUCCCUCCACCUCCGUCAGGAUCCCUCCACCUCCUUCAUGAUCUCUCCACCUCCUUCAUAAUCCCCCCACAUCUGUCAGGAACCCUCCAGAUCCUUCAGAAUCCCGCCAUCUCAUUCAGGAUCCCUCGACCUCCUUCAGGAUCCCUCCACUUCCGAUCCCUCGACCUCCGUCAGGAUCCCUCGACCUCUGUCAGGAUCCCUUCACCUCCGGCAGGAUCCCUUCAUCUCUAUCAGGAUCCCUCGACCUCUGUCAGGAUCCCUCCACCUCCUUCAGGAUUCUUCCACCUCCGUCAGAAUCCCUCCACCUCCGUCAUAGAUCCCUCCACUUCCGACAGGAUCCCUCCACCUCCUUCAGGAUUCUUCCACCUCCGUCAGGAUCCCUUCAUCUUCUUCAGGAUCCCUCCACCUCCUUCAGGAUCCCUCAUCCUCCGUCAGGAUCCCUCCACAUCCUUUAAGAUGCCUCCACCUCUUUAG